AAAACUGUAAAUUGAAAUUAUUCUUGAACUGUUUUAGUAAUACUAAUAUAGGACAAGUAAAGUGAGUGAGUUUUAUCAAUUUAAUUCUGUUUUUACUGACGAAUAGGAGUUAAAGAUGUCUUUUCCAAAUAAAGAACAAAGAAAAGCUUGUUGGGAUUCGAGAGACCGUUAUUGGGAAUGCCUCGAUAAUCAAAAUAUUAAAGAUAACUCAGAGCGGCCUAAAGCUUGCAUUGAAUUUAGGAGAGCUUUCGAGAAAUCAUGCCCAACACAAUGGGUGUUGCAUUUCGACAGGAAAAGAGAUUUUAAUGUUUAUAAAGAAAAAAUACAGAAAGAGGGCUAUGAGCCAAUAAAAGAUACACAAUAAUGUUUUGGUCUUAAGUAGUAAUGCAUUGUAAAUAUAUAUGAC